AUGAAAUUUUGGGAAAUCAUCGAUGUUCCUCCUGGCCAUGGCCAAUUCGUCCCUCCUCCACAACAUCAUGGUGGUGGCCCUUAUUAUGGACCUCCACCUGGAGCCGGAGCUGGUCCUCCUCCAUCUUUUGGAAUGCAUGGUCCUCGGGGUCCAGUCAGUAUGAGUGAACCUGUUCGUCCUCCAAACCCUGGCCCUGGCGGUGGCGGUGGCGGUGGCGGUGGCGAUGUUGUUGCUUCUAAGCUUUGUCGAGGAACAAGCGCAUUUCUGAAAAGAUGUACGCUACAAGUAGUACUUCUCUACUUUAGCAUUACAAAGCUGUCGAACAACUUUUAA